AGAAGACUGCAGUUUUCCGCAUUCCUUCGUCACUCUGCUCGCAGCUCCGCCGCUCCGGGGGCCAGCACCGACGCGCUGCUGGGUGGGGGCCUCACACCUUCCCGGGGAUCAUUGGAGCAGGAGCAGCGCGGAGCUCAGCGUGGACAGGAGGACCAGCGACACGCAUGUGAAGCGAAUCAACAUGGCCGUAUUUAAGCCUGAGAACGUGGAAGACUUCUAUGAGAUUGAGGAAGUUCUUGGAAGUGGGCACUUUGGUCAGGUCCGGAGGGUCCGGGAGAGGACAUCCAAGACUCAUUGGGCGGGAAAGUUCCUUAAGAUUCGAAAAACCGCCUGCAGCCGUCUGGGUCUGGACAGGACCAGUGUGGAACGAGAGGUGGAGAUCCUACAGGUUUUACACCAUCCAAACAUUGUGACCCUUAAAGACGUCUUUGAGAGUCGAUCAGAGGUGGUGCUUAUUCUGGAGCUUGUUAGCGGGGGGGAGUUGUUUGACUUCAUCGCUGAGAAGGAGAACCUUCUGGAGUGCGAGGCCAUCGAGUUUCUAAAGCAAAUCCUGGAGGGACUGAAGUUCAUGCACAGCAACAACAUCGCCCAUUUUGACCUUAAGCCUGAAAACAUCAUGCUGUCAGACAAAGCUUCCCCGCACCUCAACGUUAAACUCAUCGACUUCGGCCUUGCUCAUCGUUUUUGCCCUGGAGAGGAGUACAGAACCACAAGUGGCACCCCCCAGUAUAUUGCACCCGAGGUGAUAAACAACGAGCCUCUGAGCACAGCGGCAGACAUGUGGAGCAUUGGAGUUAUUACCUAUAUACUAUUAAGUGGUUUGUCUCCGUUCCAAGGUGACACGGAUGAAGAGACUCUGAGGAACGUCAUCGCUACCAAUUAUCAUUUUGAGAAGCAGUACUUCAGCAUGACCAGCUCUAUGGCCAAAGAUUUCAUCAUGAAACUUUUAAUCAAAGAUCCCAGUGAAAGAAUGACGGCUGAACAGUGUCUCCUUCAUCCAUGGAUUAAGCCCAUCACUCGCACGCAAGCAGCCAAAAGGAGCCGAUCUUCAAUCAAUAUGAAGAGCUUUAGGAAAUUUAACGCCAAAAGAAAAUGGAAGAUGUCCUACAACAUGGUGCGGAUGUGUAACCGGUUCUUCAGCCUCAGAGUGGACUGUAACCGCAGCUUGAAUCCAGAUCCUUUACAGAGACGAUGUGAAAGUGACUCAGAGGAUAUGGAGAGCAGGCCCGCCUCGCUGCUGCGCCGGAGACUCAGCAGCAGCUCAUAGAACGGCUUAGAUAGGCGCCACGGGGUCCACGCUGCUCCACGGGAUCCCUGAGGGCCUCCUGAACGAGCCACAGACUGAAAGGGUCCAGCGUCCAACAUGGACGAGCCUUUUCCUUCCUAAAACACUUUCAGAUCUGGGGGGAGGGGGGACUUUUCUAAAUGUUUUAUUUGUCAAGUGGAUUUGUAAAAACCUGUUUAUAUGAUGUGCCUUAAACGGUUUUAAAUGUUUAAAGAAGCUAAAUCAUUUCAUAUAUUUUUUAAAGCUUAAACAUUUUGUUUCUUUUUUUUCUGUUUAUUUAAGCAGCCAAGGACAGUACUAAACUAAACUAACUAAAGGUUGUACAUAAACAGAAUGGGAUUAAUGGUUUCCAGUCCCGCCAACCAGUACAGUACCACUAAUGUCUGUUUGUUUGUGUUGCAAAUUAAAUAUUUUAUGGUUCACUCAUCAGUCAAUAAGUGA